UGGGCCUCGGGUGGAAAGGAAGGAAAGAAGGAAGUCGCAGUGAGAAGUUUGAACACGUUUGGAACAGCUGAAGGCGGCCAGCAGCAGCAGUAGUCCAGUCGGUGGACCAAGUCCUGUCCGGACUAUCUGUCAAGGCUCGCUCUUUCCUGGUUCCUUUCCGCUCCUCGCAGCAUGUCGUUCCUUCUCAUGAAAAAGAAGCGAUUCGAGUUUCGAGUGGAUUUCGACUUGGAGGAGUUGUCGUCAGUUCCUUUCGUCAAUGGCGUUUUGUUUUGCAAAGUUCGCCUCGUACAUGGUAACUUCGUCCAAGAGUCUUCUCGGGAGCCCGUCCAAGCCAACUGUGUGUGCUGGAGGAAGCGUUUCUCCUUCGUGUGUAAGAUGAGCGCCAAUCCGAGGACAGGUGUACUGGAUCCGUGUGUGUGUCGGGUGUCAGUGCGCAAGGAAUUAAAGGGUGGGAAAGCGUUUGCAAAGCUGGGCUUUGCGGAUUUAAACCUGUCUGAGUUUGCUGGGUCAGGCAGUACUACAAGAAGAUGCCUCCUGGAGGGAUACGAUACCAACAAAACGAGACAGGACAAUUCCAUUCUCAAGGUUGUCAUCACAACGCAGCUCAUGUCUGGAGACCCCUGUUUUAAAACCCCCUCAUCCAAAGCAAUGACAUUGGGUGUACCACAAGCUGAGUCUGAGUGUCUACUCGAGGAGCGAAAGGGGGGAGAUACGCACACAUCCCAUUCAGCAACAGGGACUCCAGUCACUGAGCAAAGGCUUACCAGUGGUCACACGAGAACAUCCAGCUACACCAGUCAACAGUCCAAAGUCUCAGGGUACAGCUCAAAUCAUUCGAGUUCACCAGACCUGAGCCAUCGAAGGAACUCAUCGGGAGGUUCCGCCUCAAUAGGCAUUGACAGCAUCCCAGAGCCCAGUGAGCAGCAGACGGACAGAACAGAUAAGGAGAGCCGGUCCUCUCCUCCAACCACCGCAAGCUGCAAUCACACUACGGAACACAACUCCGCAACUCCCAAGGCUUCAAGGCAUCCAGUCAAGCAGAACUCAAUGGAGAAUCAGCUGACGAGGGUAAACGCCACCAGGGUCGAUGCCGAUGACAUCAUCGACAAGCUCCUGCAGGGCCAGGAUUUCAGUCACAGUAUCUUGGACUCCAGUAUGGAGGAGGAAGGACUCAGCUUGUUUGUCGGUCCCGGAGGCAGCACAGCUUUGGGAACUCAGUACACUCGGGUCGCAUCGGGAGCAUUUGAGCAGGUGGUGAUUAAGCACUAAGCUUCUGGAAGCAUGGGACAGCGUGAUGGGUGCCAAAUUACACUGAUGCAUUCGGAAGACCUUGGAAGGGGCACCAGAAACCGCGCUCUCCACAUUCCACGAAGAGGGGCUUGUUGUACAAAAUACAGUCCAAAACACGAUAGGAAUUACCUACAGCAUCUGGACAGCAGGAAAGCCCUCUCAGGUCCAACAAGUGCAAUAGAAGGCCACCGUGUGCAGGGUUUCGGCUACUGAGCAAGCAUCAAUGAUCCUGGAAUCUAUGUACAUUUCAAGAAAAGGUUGUUAAUAUCAUGUAAACAAAAACUACCCAUGUUCCUUACAAUAUUUUUCUGUAUGUUUGUUAUUUCCAUCAUCUUUUGCACUUAUUACUAUUGUGAGUGUGUAGAUGACAUAGGAUAUCCCAGUGUAUGUAUAUACACUAUACUGUAUAUAUAGCUACAUAAGAUAUUUCACCAAAUAUUUGUCUUUAUUGUUAUGAGUGUGCUGUCACUAAAUACUGCAAAGCCUACUUUUGGAUAUGAUCAGUGAAUAGGUUAAGACACGGUACUCUGUUCUAUAGACUAGGGAGAAGAGCGUAUUACAGGUGAAUUUAUUUUUCUCCUAACAAUGCCGUUGGAAAUUUUAUUCCAAACUCAUCUGAGUAGACCUAUUAUGCACAGCUUAAAUGAGUGGACCACAAGAUUUGUAAAAUUUUUGGUUGUGCUUUCAUAAUUUGUGUCAGUACAGUUACUUUUUAAUUAAUUAAAUAUGUUUAAACCCAAAGACACUUUAAAUACACGUUCUUUCAAAUAGUGUAAAUUGUUUUAAUUAUUUUUUUUUAAGCCUGCGCACGCGUUUUAUGGGUAAAUAGAGUAAAAGCAAAACUAAAUGCGGUAAAUGUAUUGCUGUAAAUAAAGUAGAUGUGGAUUG